AGCUCUUCAGUGAACCAAAAGAACUGCAACAAGCAAGUUUAGUGGAACUGUUUAGUUCCGUGAACUCGAUUCUGUUCAUUUGUUACCGAGCUAACAAGCAGUACAAUAUAUAUUUCCUUUUUGCUCGUGAAACAUACAUAAUUUAUUUUUAUUUUUGUAAUUACAUUAAUAACAAAUGGCUGGUAAACGGCAAGCGACAUCAAAUCUGAACCAUGAAAACUGGGAUCAAGAAGAAGAGCCAGAGGAGCGCGGCACAUUCCGAACCGCGCCGCCCGAAGAACUAAAAGCACGCGUUAUCAAAAAGGCGACAAGGCGCAAGCCUCUAACCGGCACGUCAGAAGGCGACGACGAAAGUCCGAGUAAAACUGUAUUCAGCGGCUUUUCAGGUUUUGCGAAACCAACAACAGCGUCAGCCCCUGGCACACCAUUUGCAUUCCUGUCUAAUUUGCCGGUUGCAUCUCCGGCAGUAUCUACAUCUGGAACGACGAUAACUGCUGAUACUUCUCCCAAGAUAAGUGGUAGUCAAGCUAAGACUGAUGCAACAUCAACUCCACCAGCUAAACCAUUAUUAUCGGGAGAGGUAAAUUUGAAGAGCGAUUUUGCAAGUACCACCAACAGCGCAACAUCAACUGUUCGACCUAGUGCAGGAACUUCUAUUUUUGGAAACGCAGUAACUAACGAACUACUUAAGGCGCCUGGGUCCAUGUUCAAAUCAGCUGAGAAGACAGUGGCGGGCAACGCAAUUAACGCCUCAAAGGAAUAUCGUGAUAAUGUCGCUGAAUUGAAUAUGGCUGUAAUGAAAUUUCUUCAAGAGCAUAUGGACAAAAAUCCGUAUUGUAUAUUGAGUCCAGUAUUCGAAAGUUACGAUAAGUAUGCGAAGGAGCUGCGACAGAACGAUGAAGCUAAAGGAAAUUCAGCAAAGACUCCAUCAAAGGCAACAGAGAUAACAGCCACAACAGCAACACUAACACCGCCAACUGCAACAACAAUAACAGCUGCAGCUGAAACUGCAACGUCACCUGCUCCAACUGCAAGUGGCUUCUGCUUUGUUAAUCCCACCACAACAACAGCCACCGAUUUACCUUCAUCGUCCUUGCAAUUUGGCAAAACAUCUAGUUGUACUGUAACUAGUGGCGGCCCCACCACCACUAUAACAGCCCCAUUUUUUUCGUUUGGCAAUGUUCCUAAGCCAAGCACCACACCAACCAAGUCGGAGGCAACAUCAAGCACAACUUCGCCAGCAAACAUUUUUAGUUUUGGUAUCAAACCGCCAGUCGCUAAUAAAGACGAUGCGCCAAAGACAGGUUUUUUCUUUGGGGACGCAGAUUCACCCGCUGUUGCUUCUGGUACAGUUAACUCACCGCCAAAGUCUAAUGGAUUUACUUUUAGCGUAAAGGAUGAUAAGCCAACGACAUCUGUAUUCACGUCCUUUAGCAAACCAGCCAACGAUACAAAAAUGCCAGCACCCAGUGGUUUUUUUUCAAGCAGUGUAGCUCCUUUUAACUUUCCCCAUGUCAAGCCGAAUUCAGAUGAUUCGAAGGACAACAGUAACGAGGAUGAAGAUAAGCCGCCAAUAGUAGAGUUCAACAAGGUAGUUGAGGAUGAUGCCGUUUACUCGAAACGCUGCAAAGUGUUUGUGAAAAAGGAUAGCGAUUUUGUUGAACGUGGCGUGGGCACGUUAUACUUGAAGCCUGUCAAGGAUUCUGAAAAGACGCAAAUGCUGGUACGCGCCGACACCAACCUGGGUAACAUACUGGUCAAUCUGCUAUUGACAAACGGUCUGCCCUGUCAGCGAAUGGGCAAAAACAAUAUCAUGAUGGUAUGCUUGCCAACGCCCGAGGAGUCCAAGCCCAUGUCCAUGCUGCUGCGGGUCAAAACCGCAGAGGAGGCUGAUGAGCUACUGGAGGAAAUUAAAAAGCGUACAGUCUGAGACAACAAAACAUUCGCGAAAUCAGUGAAUUUUAACUCCUCACAUACCCACAUUUAUAUUAUUUGAUGAUCG